AUGGCAUUUACAGACUUUCUUGCUGCGUCUGAUAUUUCUUCCGCCAUAAAUGCUUGCAAAGCAAAAGAUUCCUUUAGUCCAAAGACAUUUUUUGCAACCCUGGGUCUAUCCAAGAAGUCUCCGUCUGAGAUAGAGAAGGUUUUUAGAAUGCUUGACCAAGACAAAAGUGGAUUUAUUGAGCAAGAUGAGCUACAAUUGUUUCUGCAGAAUUUCUCAAAGGGGGCACGUGCUCUCACAGCAGCUGAGAUGAAGGCCUUCCUUGUGGCUGGAGAUAUGGAUGGGGAUGGAAAGAUUGGCUGGGAAGAAUUCUCGGCUCUUGUGAAUGAUUCUUGA